CUGGGUAUACAUGGAGAGGGGAGAACAAUAGGUUUAGAAUAAAUUUGUCUGAUAUACAUACCGACCUGUAAAAAUAGGAUAGACACAAACCCAGAGCAUUGGUAUUCGAAAGCUAUUUCCGGAUGUGGAAAUAGGUAAAACAAGACGCCACAGGCGCUGUGUUGAAGUCACUUUCCUUUGUCACAGCAACCUACCUAUGUAUUGUAAAAGCCCUCACGUCCACUUGCUGUUUACAAAGCUCCUUAAUGGCAUUGUUUACGGAUAACAAUAUUCAAUUCUCCAUUUGUUUCUAGAAUCAUGUCAAUUUCACGACCAAAAGAUUACGUAGAGAGGUCUCGGUUUGGGCGUCAGAGUGAGCUGGCUCGACUUGCUGAAGAUUAUCAUGAUGAUCUAGGCUUAGUUUUUGGAUUCUCAUCGCAUGGCUGCGGAAAUGUGGCACAUGUUGAUUAUGUUGGCGGGUUAAACACGAACAAGAUAUGGACGGGACUGACCAAACUAGUAAAGCCUGAGCAAUGGCAAGUCAAGAUAGGCAGCACAGAGCGAGUUGCGGAAACCAAUAUCUUACCCUCCUUCAGAGACGCGCUUGCUGAUGCCGCGCCCAUAGGGGAAGCCAUCGUGGGGUGCAAGAAGAGUCAGAAAGAACUUCGAGACUUCGCCGGGAUACUGUCACAGAUCGACACGAAGGCCAUCGCCUCCUAUGCGCUCAAGCUUAUGCAGGUCUACCGCAAACGCCAGGUUGGAUACCGCCCGUCCCCGCUGCAACUACCAUUUGUCCGCGGUCCCCUCUUCGGUUCAGCUCACGUCUUCUACUCGAUCGAGAUAUACGAUGGGCAAUGCCGGGAGAGUACCAAGUGGAUCAUCAAGAUCCCGACCAACGGUACACCAGACGUCUGGGAUAGGCUCUGCGCUGAGGCGUUGCGCACAGAGGCCCUUAUAAUCUCUAAACUCUCUCAAGAAACGACAAUCCCAGUGCCUGAGAUCAUCGACUUUGAACCCUCCCCGCAUAAUAAGUUACAUGUGCCUUACUGCAUCAUGACUUACGUGGAAGGCCGGACACUAGAUCAAGUCUGGUUUGGAGAAGACGGCGAGGAUGAGAGCACGGUUAGAGGGCGGAGAACUGCAGUUCUGCACGGCUUGGCGCAGCUGAUGCUUCAGCUUAACAAGUACGAAUUCGAGCGCGGCGGUGCACCGGUGUUCGACGAUGGCGAGUCACUAGUUGGCAUUGGACCUCUGAGAGAGUUGGAUAUACAGGCUAUGGUCAACCGUUGGCUAGGGAAUGAUGAAUGUGAGAAGGAAGCAAUCUAUGCCGAAGUAGGCCCCUUUAGUGACGCAGCGGGGAUGUACACGGCGCCUCUCGUCAGAUACCCGUGCGAUGCCGAGGUAAACACCGGAGUUGACAGGCUUCUCCGUCUCCUCGUAAACUUCAUCCGCGAGCCGCCGAGGUCGAGAUCUCACAAAGGCAAAGAAAAGGAGAAUGAAAGAAAGGCGAUGAGGUUCGUGCUCACACAUUCAGACCUUAAGAUGCGUGACAUCAUUUUGUCCAAGGAGGGCAAAAUCAAGGGGAUCUUAGGCUGGGACAGCGUGCGGGUUGUGCCGAAAUCGAUCGGCAAUGAGGCUUUGCCGAGCUGGCUUGUCAGGGACUUCAACCCAUUCGUGUGGCGAUGGCGGCCGGCACCAGAAUUCUGGAGGAAGAAGGGGUGUUACGAAGAUGAAGCCAAUUGUAAUCGCUACGAAGAUGCCCCUUGGCUGUUAAGGGAGAUGAGAGAUGAGUAUGCGGCUAUCAUUCAGCAGUUGAAAAGGAGGGGUUCGGACAUUGACGGCGACAUUGGCGGUGACAUUGGCGGAGAGAUGAAUUUGACUAAGCAGUCGUUGAUGGCCCUUAGCUUGAACACGGCAGCUAGAGACCCAAGGUAUAGGACUGCUAUCUUACGGAGAAUCCUAGAGAAAUGCUCACGUACAUCUGAGGAGUUUAACUUCGACCAGAUCGUCAGUGUUCUCGGGCGCGGCGGAUAUGUGGAUGGAUAUAAACUAAAGUGCCUGGAGAGAAACUUCCGAGAGCUCAUCGAUCGUGGAUAUGUUAGAGGCGCUAUUGUUUGGUGAUUGCUUACCUACUAGGUACCUAGUAAGUAUUAGGUAGUAGACACUAUAUACCUAUACUAGGUAUUCAUAUUAUAAAAUUUUUUUGACCUUUUUUU